UCCCCACAAAUCAAUAAAAUUCGUCAUGCGUUAUGAGUCGUUAGUAGAGGCACUGACUUCCGCUUGAAAGGCCGAACUUCCUGUUUCGGUCUUUACGACAUAACCCACGAAAGCGAGAAAAACGCAGACAAGAUGCAGUUGCAAAUUCGCGGGCAAGAGACCCACGUUAUCGAGUGCGAGGGUCAUGAGACCAUCGGACAAAUCAAGGCAAGGUUCGGUUUAGACAAUGAAGCUGAUUUCACUCUCCACUGUGCGGGUGUACCGCUGAGCGACGAAUUGUGCGUUUCGGAACUUACCAGUGAUGUUCUUGAAAUGACUGUACCUCUGUUGGGAGGUAAAGUUCACGGAUCUUUGGCUCGUGCUGGCAAAGUCAAGGGACAGACGCCCAAGGUUGAGAAACAAGAGAAAAGCAAAAAGAAGACUGGGCGCGCCAAGAGGCGUAUUCAGUACAACCGCCGAUUCGUAACCGUCGUCCAGACGUACGGACGUCGUCGCGGACCCAACGCCAACCCUAACACGUAAACACACGUUUAAUGAGUUUAACGAUCCAUUAUCUGAUGUAAAACGUGUUUUGCUAAAAUAAACGAAAACAUCCCGUUAA